ACACUUUUAUAUUUCACAGUAAUACUAAUGUAGGAUACAGUAGUGUAUAGAACAGCACUUUUAGGAUUACACUUUGUUGGGUGCUUUGUUUUUAUACUUUACCACAAGCUGAAGAAUGGCGAGCGCGGCGUGCACUCCGGCCGGACAGCAGUCGUUGUCCCGCGGUACCAGCAGCACUCCACUGAGCCCCGCGCGGAUCUCCAGGCUGCAGGAGAAAGAGGAGCUGCAGCAGCUCAAUGACCGGCUUGCCGCCUACAUCGACACAGUUCGAAGUCUGGAGUCCGAGAACAGCGUCCUGCAAAUACAGAUCCGAGAACGAGAAGAUGUGCGGAACCGCGAGCUUACAGGGCUCAGAACACUCUACGAAACCGAGCUGGCGGACGCACGGAAGGCGCUUGAUGACACGGCGCGGGAGCGCGCACGAUUGCAGAUUGAACUGGGCAAGAUUAAAAGCGAGCAAGAGCAGCUACAGCACACAUAUGCCAAGAAAGAUGCUGACCUCACCAGCGCUCAGAACCGACUAAAAGAUGUUGAAGCCCUGUUGAACACUAAAGAGGCUGCACUAAACACUGCCGUCUCUGAACGGAAGGCUCUGGAGAACACUCUAUCUGAUCUGCAGAUCCAUGUCCAGGAGUUGGAAGGAGGAUUGAGCUCCGCUAAGAAGCAGCUGUCAGAUGAGACCCUGCUGCGUGUGGAUCUGGAGAACCGCUGUCAAAGCCUUAUGGAAGAACUUGAAUUUAGGAAGAACAUGUUUGAAGAGGAAAUCAAAGACACGCGGCGCAGACAUGAGACCCGUCUUGUCGAGGUGGAUUCAGGUCGUCAGAUGGAGUAUGAGUUUAAACUGGCUCAGGCUCUGACUGACAUGAGACAACAGCAUGAUGAGCAAGUUAAACUUUAUAAGGAGGAGAUGGAGCAGACAUACGUGUCCAAGCUGGAGAACAUUCGUUUGUCAUCUGAGAUGAACAGCUCUUCAGCUAGUAUGGCCCGUGAGGAACUUAGAGAGUCUACGCUGAGAGUUGAGAGUUUGGCAGCUCAACUUGCAAAUCUGCAGAAAGAGGCGCGUGCCUGGCAGGAUCGCAUUAAUGAAUUGGAGGGGGCUCUUAGCCAUGAGAAAGAUUUAAGCCGUAGGUUGAUGGCAGAAAAAGAGCGUGAGAUUGCUGAGAUCAGAGCCAAGAUGCAGCAGCAGCUGGAUGAGUAUGAGCAACUGCUGGACGUCAAACUAGCGCUGGACAUGGAGAUCAAUGCUUACAGAAAGCUUCUGGAGGGAGAAGAAGAAAGGUUAAAACUGUCUCCCAGUCCUUCAUCUCGUGUGACUGUGUCACGAGCAUCCUCCAGCCGCAGUGUUCGUACUACACGCGGAAAGAGAAAGCGUGUGGAUGUGGAGGAGUCCGAGGCAAGCAGCAGUGUCAGUAUCGCUCAUUCUGCAUCUGCCACUGGAAACGUCUCCAUCGAUGAGCUGGAUGUAGAUGGGAAGUUCAUCCGCUUGCAUAACAACUCUGAGCAGGACCAGCCCAUGGCAGGAUUUCAGCUGGCCAGAACCAUUGGAGAAGUUUCUGCGACAUAUAAAUUUACUGCAAAAUACAAUCUGAAGGCUGGACAGAAAGUGACGAUCUGGGCAUCUAAUGCAGGCAUAAGCUCCAACCCUCCUGCUGACCUGAUAUGGAAGAACCAGCCUUCUUGGGGGACUGGGGAGAACAUAAAAGUGGCUCUUUUGAGCCCAGUGGGAGAGGAAGUAGCUGUGAGAAGCACCGUAUUCAAAACUGCAGUGGAAGAUGAAGACGAGGAGGAAGAUAAGGAAGCUGAAGUCAUUGAGGAACAUUUCUAUCACCAUCAGGGAGAUCCACGCGCUGCUAAGAGAGGUUGUUUGAUCAUGUGAUCUACCUUACAGCCAGCACAGCUGCCAGUUUAAAGCUUCGUAUGUGGUCUUUUCUGAGUUUUCUCUAUUUUCAUUUACCGUUUUCACCUUUUUUUUUUUUUUUUUAAUAUGUGAAUGUUUAUCCACUUAUAUAAUGAACCAAAUGUUUUUCUUUUUUGUGUGCGAGUUUCGACUGAGGUUGCUUUUAGACCCAUACAUGUCAGAUCCUGUGACUAACUUUUUUUUUUUAAAUCAUGUUUAAAUUCAUUUUAUAAGAUUGCAUUUAGGUUUUUAGAUAGAGUUUUAUAAUGGAUAAUAGUUUUUAGAGAAGUUAUUACAGAUAGACACAUUUGCAUGGUAGUUUAAUUUUGUUAUUUUAUUUAAAGCAGCUGUUCAAGGGUAAUUCACUACACGAUAACAGGCCUAAAACGUCUCUUAAGCAGCACAUGAUUGAUGGCCAGAGACUUGACUAACUAGUCAAAUGAUCAAUUCCAAUGGUCAUACUUUCUGUUUGCCUGAAAAAUUGUUUUGCCAAGUUUUGUAAACCCAUUAUGUUUGAGAAAUGACACUUUACUACUUAAUCCUCCUAUGCUGAAUCAGUGAAUAGUUUCUGUAUAUGAGGUAUACUGGUAUUUAUUGGAUUUAAUGUACCGGCCAAGUCUCAAACAGUAGUCAUUCCUGCCGAAGAGCUUCAGUUUUGGGUCUGAAAUGCAUCUCUCUUUCACUGUUGAUUGCCACAGCGACUCAGCACAUCUCCUCCAGCGAGGACUGUGAUAAUUAAGACAUUAUAUCAGCAGGCAUUAAAAAAUAUUGCCUGCUAAUAUGAUCAAUUGAUUGUUCUGAGUGAUUACGCCGUAAAAGCUAUUAAACCUCAAGUUUCAGUACUGUAUUUUUUUACAGAUCAUUGUUAAAGCUGAGAUGCUGAAAUUGUAUUUUGUACUGCUUUUGUAUGUACUGUCUAACAAACACUAGCCUUAUGUAUACAUUUUUAAUUAACAUUUUAUUUUAGGAAUUUUCACUUGCAUGCUUUUUAUUUUGCUGCAGUCUUUGUAUUUCAGAUGAUUAAAUAAAGCGUUGAUUGAAUGUUGAUUGAA